AUGGACGUGAACUACACCGCUAUCACAGACUACUACAUGAUCAGAUGUUUCAGCGGAGGAAACUUUUACGUCUGCAAGAAACCUUCGACUAACUUAGAUCCAUCGUUGUACCCCAUCUUGUUUGCCGCCUUGGUCGGACGGUUUUAUCGGGUAUUCGGCAGAUGGUGCCUUGAAAGCCGCGGCGGUGUGAACCUACCUGUUUUAGAGCAGUUGAUCGGCAGCCAGAACUUGGCUACCGCCAUUGAGCGAAUUUUCGUAAUACGGACAAAUGCCGUUGUUGGUCUUAUAAUCCUUACUUCAUGGCUUCUCUCGCCUUUGGGUGGACAGAGCUCGUCGAGACUGCUCCAAGAUGCAAAGUUCGACUUGGUAUCGAAUGGAACGGUCUACUACGCUGAUCCGGCAUAUCAAGUGUCCCACUCGAGAUGGAUUGAUUACCGACAUAGCGUUGGCGCAACGUACGCUGCGAGUUUACUGUCGUCUUCGAAGCAGAAAGCAUCGCCGAGGGAUAUCUGGGGGUUGCCGAAAAUCCCCCAGUUGUCACAGGAAAGACUUGAUGAUGGCUCAUACGAUCUCUAUGAUGUGAACAAAUCCGACUUGGUCUCGGGAAAGGCCUCUUAUGCUUCAUUGCUGGGUAUCAAGAUUCAAGGCCUCGUCAGACCAAACGAGCCUACCAAGUUCAACUUUACGAUACCAACCUCAUAUUUCCACGUCGGUUGCGAUUUCAUCGACAGCUUCGACCCGUUACGAGGAAAGUUAACGAAGAAUCAAACAAAUAUCGUCGAUCUGUUCUACAAAUACCCCAGCUUCUCUGCCUUCAACAUCCUCCCUCAGUCUUGGUUCAACGCUGAAGGUGAAGAGGAUGACAUUAACUCACCAUAUCAAUUCAUAUACGUCAAGCAGAUGCGCGGCUCUCAACUUUACGUCGUAAAGUGUGCCACUCGCGAAGUCAAGGUCGAAACAACCAUUCACUGCGGACCAGGAGACCCAGCGACGACUUGCGAAGCACGACAGCAACGGCGGCUUUCUACUGAAAACCAGACUGGAAGUUCUCUGUUCCCCCCUUCGAUCACGCGAAGCGAUCUACGGCUCAAAGAGAUGAGUUAUGCUCUGUUUGCUUGGGCGCAGGCGUCCGGUGACAAGGACGGAGUUCAGCCGUCGCCAUCGGAGAUGUACCUGAUGAAAGAUGAAAAUCCGUAUGAAUUUACCAGUCAAUUGCCGUGGACCAAAGAGGAUCUCGCCAAGUUCCCAUAUGUGUUUUCCAGACGAAUGACGACCGCUUUUAACACAUAUUGGGACGCCGGAUUAAAUCCUGGAGGUCAUACCAACGUCUCAUACGGCGCGAUCCCAUCGCAUAACAUGAACGGUCUGGAGACGGGUCAGACCUACAAAGACUCCUUCAUGAACACCACCAUGGGCACAAGAAUAACCACGAUUGAUGUUUACAGCGCGCAACGCGUUUGGGUCAGUCUGUUGCUAUUCACAACAAUGGUGCUGCAAAUUCUUGCCAUUUGCGGCUUCGUUAUCGAAAUUCUGAUCCAAGGCCCGGACGUUCUCGGUUUCGCUAGCACUCUAACCAGAGACAAUCCAUUUGUGCCGCUUCCGGCAGGUGGAUCACAUCUCGACGGACCUGAGCGAGCAAGAUGCUUAAAGAAUAUGAGGCUUGAGCUCGUGGAUGUGCGCCCUGAAGAUGAAACUGGGUAUUUAGCCGUGAGGGCAGUGUCAGCGGCGAAAGGGCAGGAUACGAGCAUGAUUGAAGGGAGCGUAAAAUCGAGAAAGUGGGUGCACUUGAAUAGGAGGAGGCUGUACGAAUAA